AAAGUCCUCGACCGAGAUGCUGCCAUGUGCCGGGGAAAAUGACCGAAGCACGGAAGUCCAAGAGAAAGGGAAAUAAAGAGGAGUUGAAUCCGACUGGCAGACCCUCUGUAAUGAUCCAAGUGAUCCCCAUCCCUACCCUUUCUCUGAGCAUCGGGGGUAGAACUCCGGUUGAUCCAGCACAAUGCCGUCGCCCCUGAGUCGCCUAGGCCUUCGAUGGGCACAGCUGUUCGUGGCUGUACUCUUGCUGGCUCAUCAAUGCGCCGCAAAGGAUAGUCUAAAACUAUCAGAGGCGAAACGGAAGUAUAUAACCGCAUGCCACAUCCUCGACUACCACGACAUCGUUGAUGCCUUUGGACAUGCCUCAAUUCGCAACCCAGAUGACAACUCGACUUUCAUCAUGGAGAGGUUGAUCGCGUCUGCACUGGUUGCCGACGACAGGGACCUUGCGCUGUACCACAUCAGUGACGGGUCCCCGGUCCGGCCGCAGGACGUUGGCAUGGCCCGAGGGGAACGAUUCAUUCACAGCGAGAUUUUGAAGCGGUUUUCUGGACUGAACGCGUGCGUCCAUGCGCAUACGGUAGCCGUGCUACCGUACUCUACGAGCGACGUUCCUUUCUUACCCGUGUAUCACAUGGUCGGGUAUCUAGGUUUUGAUGUACCGCUGUGGGAUAUUGUUCCCCUGUACAAUGCGACCGAUAUACAAGACAAUUUGGUUUCCAACACCCGAUUUGGUGCCAGUCUCGCGCAGGCGUUUGACGCCAACGGAACCUUUCCCGGAGGCAACGAAACCUUUUAUGGAGGCAACGGAACCUUUCCUCGACAUGUUUUAGUACUAAUGAAGCAACAUGGCUUCGUAACGUGUGCAGCAACGAUCGAGGAGGCCACGUAUCAAGCUGUUUAUGCGAAGGAUGCCGCAUUAGUGGAGACGGGGCAGUUGGAGCUGCGACAUGCUUACCACGGAACCGGCGUCGAGUCAUCCGGGGGCGUCAACGCGUUGAGUCCGAAACAAGUGGAGGGGAUGAGGAACUUCCCGGCAAGGUUCCGGGACACGUACUGGGAGUAUUGGGUGAGACAGGUCGAAGUAGAGCCGCUUUAUCAGAACAACAUUGAGCGUCGAUUUGGGGGGUUCUAUCUAGCCGAUUGGCCAUGAUGCAGUUCGACGGCGCCGCGCUGCGGCCCGUUG